AUGAAAGAAACUGAUGAAUCACAAUCAUCAUCGUCAUUGACUAUGAAUCCAAGCACAGUCUUGGUUCGUUGCCAAUUUGCAGACAAUAAAUCUGAAACUAUUCAAGUAUCAGUAACAGAUACGGUAGCGGAGCUGACGGCAAAAAUUGCAGCUCUUCGAGAAAGUCAGACAGUGGCCCAGUUUUUACUAUGGUCAGGUAGCAUUACUAUUGACGAUCAGCAACCUGAUAAACGUUUGGCUGAUUUUGGCAUUAAACCUGGUAGUACAAUUAAUGCUCAGGUCACAGACCUUGCUUCCACAAAUACCUCGAUUAAAACCAGAGAAAUCGGUAAGACUUAUACAACAACAUAUAGUUUAGACUUAGAUACAAAGUCUAAAGGUUUGGAUAAUCUUGGUAAUACAUGUUUUAUGAACAGUGCACUUCAAUGUCUUGUACAUGUCGUACCAUUAACUGAGUUUUUUAUGAAAAGCUUCACUCAAACGCAUUCAACUGAUGAUUAUGUUAAUAAAUCCAAUCUAUUUGAUGCAUAUGGAGAAGUUACUGGAGCCUAUACCGAACUGUUGUGGAAUUUACUAAAGUCUGAUCGAAAAUCUUAUUCAUAUUAUGAUUAUUCAUUUAGACCGACUCGUAUGAAAGAAACAAUCGGUCGACUUGAACCACGUUUUGCUACAUUCGAUCAGCAAGAUGCUCAAGAAUUUAUGGCAUUCCUUCUUGAUACUAUUCACCAGGAAAUCAAAAAGAAAAAUAACCACGUUCGAAAUACAAUUAUCAAAGAACUCUUUUUCAGUGAAAUUCAAUCUUCUAUUACUUGUUCUCGAUGUCAACAUGUAAGCACUACAGUAAAUCCGAUUAGUAUUCUUCCAUUACCACUUAAUCCACAACAACAAACAUUUCAAGUGAAUUUUGUCAAAUUGAAAGGUCAACAUGAAUGUGAUACAUUGCCUAUGUCUACUAGUAAUCGCAUUGAACAUCUUGUACAAGCAUUCUUCGAGCGUCGUUAUGAUUCAAUAAGUUUUAAUUAUGUUACUGCGAUGACUACAAAUCCAGAAGCAGUAGUUGAAUUUGACACACCCCUUAGCAAACUAUCUGAACCAGUAGUAACACUUAUCGAGCAAGAUUGUCACAAUGGUCGAAUGGCACCUUUUCGAUAUGAGAAUAAACCGACUACUUUGAAACUUGACGAAUGUCUUCAAGGAUUUGUUUCAGUUGAAGUGCUCGAUGAUCCAUGGUUUUGUGAGCAAGAUAAAUGUAAACGAGAUACAAAGGCACGUAAACAACUUCGACUUUUGACUUUUCCUCGUGUACUCAUUAUACAACUUAAACGAUUUUCACAUGAAAAUGGUCUACGACGAAAAUUAGAUACAUUUGUUGAUUAUCCUGUUGAUGGGUUUGAUUUGGGUAAACUUCUGAAAUCAUCCGAGGAAGCCGUUUACGAUCUCAUUGCUGUUUGUAAUCAUAUUGGAUCUAUUUAUGGUGGUCACUAUACUGCAUAUGCACGAAAGGAUCCAAAAAUCGAGAAAUGGUACAGAUUCGAUGAUUCCUAUGUAUCAACCAUUUAUUAUAAAGAAGAAAUCGUUUCCAGAGAUGCUUAUCUUCUUUUUUAUCUAAAACGACAGAAACAAACACAGUCAUUAAAGUCAACAAUGGUUUGA